GCGCGGCGGCAGAGGCGGGAAGUGCGAGCGGCGACGCCAUGGCGAAAGUGUGGCAGCACCCGUUCCUCAACGUCUUUAGACACUUCAAGGUGGGCGAGUGGAAGCGGUCCACUAAGGAAGGCGAUGUGGCUCCUGUCACUGAUAAGACUCUAAAAUGCACUGUGUAUCGCAUCCGGGGUUCUGUCUCUGCCGGCAAUUACAUCCAGCUCCCCAAAACCAGUACCCAAUCUUUGGGGCUGACCGGCCGGUACCUGUACGUGCUCUUCAGGCCCCUGCCAGCCAAGCACUUCGUCAUUCACCUGGAUGUGGCCACCGAGGACAGCCAGGUCAUCCGUGUGUCCUUCUCCAACCUCUUCAAGGAGUUCAAGUCUACGGCCACGUGGCUGCAAUUUCCCUUCAUCUGUGAGGCUGGGUUAUCUGUAAAAGGUGAUGUGGAAACGGGGCAUGAACGGGCUGCGGUAGUCCAGGAGAGGCGGCCUGAGAGCGGAGAGGAAGAGCUGGCCAAUGUUGCCCCCUCUGGUGCCCGUUGGACAUGCCUACAGCUUGAUUUGCAUGACAUUCUCCUGGUGUACCUAAACCGGCGCUACGGUCACCUCAAGAGCGUCAAGCUGUGCGCUAGUCUGCUCGUGAAGAGUCUCUACACCAGCGACCUGUGCUUUGACCCCGCUGUUACCAUGGCUGAGGCCCAGCGGGCAAAGCUGCCUGUCACACCUGUACCUCGAGAAAUGGCAUUCCCAGUGCCAAAGGGGGAGAGCUGGUAUGACCACUAUGUCCACAUCCGGUUUCCAAGUGACAGCUCAAAAGCAUCUCCUGAGCCAGUUUGGAAGAGCUGUUCCCCUCCUAAGGCAGAUUUCCUGGGGCGCAUGUUGCAGGUUCUCCCUCGCCCGGUGGCUUUCAGUAAUGCCUUCCAGGACACUCUGCCCUCCAUGGUCCAGGUGUUUGGCCCCAUAGCCGCCCCCUCAGUGCCCAGGCCCCUUCCAGAGGUCAGCUUGUUCUGUGAGCGCUCGGAGGUCCCCAGUACGAGUGGCCCCAGUGACCGUAGCCCAGAGCGCUCGGCUGGGCCAGAGGUCACUGACAAGCAUGCGGCUGGCAACGGUGUUCACGUGUCCGCUCCUAAGCCGACCAUGGUGCCCGUGGUGCUGGAGGAUGUGGCUGUGCAUGAGCGUUCUGGCAGAAAGCAGAAUGAGCAGGAGAUGGCUCUGGACAAGAAUCUCUUCCAACCAAGGAUAAGGAGGCACCAGAGCUUUCUCCCGGAUCCGAUCCUGAGGCUCAAGGGAGUCAUUGGCUUUGGGGGCCACAGUACCAAAUGGGUGAGGGAUCCGGCACUCUUACUGGGCCGUGCCCUGUGGACUAAGGAUGGGGCUGCUGUGGUGUAUCCCUGCCACGCGGUCAUCGUCGUCCUGCGCAUCGACACCCGUGAGCAGCGGUUCUUUCUCGGCCACACGGACAAGGUUUCUGCCCUGGCGCUGGAUGGGAGCAGCUUGCUGCUGGCCUCGGCCCAGGCCCGGCCCCCAAGCAUGCUGCGCCUCUGGGACUUCCACACCGGGGAGUGCCUGUCCCUGUUCCGGAGCCCGGCCCACUCCCUCUGUUCCCUUAGCUUUUCCAACAGUGGGGCGCUGCUCUGCGGCGUCGGCAAGGACCGCCAUGGGAGAAUGAUGGUGGUGGCCUGGGGUACAGCCCAGGUGGGACGAGGCGGUGCGGCAGCCCUUCUCGCAAAGGUGCACACCAGGGUUGACAUCCAGGCAUUUGAGGUGGCCCUUUUUGACGAAACCAGGAUGGCGUCGUGCGGACAAGGCAGUGUGCAGCUGUGGCGGCUGCGGGGGGGCCAGCUGCGCUCCUGUCCUGUGGACUUGGGGGAGCACCGCCUGCUGGAGCUGACCGACCUGGCCUUCGGUCAGGACGGCCAUACGCUCUACGUGUGCGGCCACAGUGGCCACAUCUUGGAGAUCGACCACCAGCGCAUGGCCGUGCGGCACGCUCGCCGCCUCCUGCCCACGCGGAGCCCCGGUGGCCCUCUCUCACAGAAGCAGACCUUCAGCUCGGGCCCUGGCAUUUGCAUCAGCAGCCUCAGCGUGUCCCAGGCCCUAUGUGCCAUGGGCUCCGAGGAUGGCUACCUGCGCCUCUGGCCCCUGGACUUCUCCUCUGUGCUUCUAGAGGCAGAGCACGAGGGCCCAGUCACUUCAGUGUGCAUCAGCCCUGAUGGUCAACGUGUGCUGUCUACCACGUCCUCCGGCCACCUGGGCUUCCUAGAUGUCCCGUCCCGGGACUAUAGCAUGCUGGUUCGCUCCCACACCGCUCCGGUGCUGGCCUUGGCCACCGAGGGCAGCCGAGGGCAGCUGGCCACGGUGUCCCGGGACCACACUGUCCGCGUCUGGGACCUGGCGACCUUGCAGCAGCUCUAUGACUUGAGGUCCGAUGAGGAUGCCCCGUGUACCAUCGCCUUCCACCCCAUGCGGCCAGCCUUAUUCUGCGGCUUCAGCAGUGGAGCCGUCCGUUCCUUCAGCCUGGAGGCUGCUGAGGUUCUGGUGGAGCACAGGUGUCACCGAGGACCAGUCACCGGCCUGGCCGCCAGCCCCGACGGCAGCCUCCUGUUCAGCUCUUGCUCCUGGGGCACCUUGGCCCAGUACCACUGCGCCAGCACCCCUUGCCGCAUCCUGCGUGUGGCAGCUAACAUGGUGUGCCGGGACGCACACCCAACCCCCAAUGCCCUGGUGGUUAGCGGGGAUAGCCGUCUGCUGGCCUUCGUGGGCCCCUCCAGGCAUGUGGUGACUGUCAUGAACGCAGCCUCCCUAGGAGAGCUGCUGCAAAUUGAUGUCGGUGCCCUGGACCUGGCCAACAGCCGCCUGGACUCGGCUGUGGCCAUCUGCUUUGGCCCUGGACCCCCUGGCCACCUACUGGUGUCCACGUCCUUUAACGCGAUCAUGGUGCUGGAUACCACGUCAGGCCGCGUGGUCCGGGAGCUGCCAGGUGUCCACCCUGUGGCCUGCCCUUCCCUGGCCCUCAGCCGGGACGCCCGCUUCUUGCUGACGGCCGCUGACCGGGCCAUCAAGGUGUGGGACUACCCGAUGAAGGCCUGCCCCGGCUGCCAGGUGUAUAUCGGCCACUCAGAGCCCGUACACGCCGUGGCCUUCACCCCUGACCAGCAGCAGCUCCUUAGCGUGGGGGAUGCCAUCUUCCUCUGGGACAUUCUGGGUCCCCUGGAGAGGUCAUCCCCAGGAAGUGCCGGAGACUCAGCUGGGGCACCCCUGACCUGUGAGACUAGCGUGGAUGCAAGGCAGCUGGAGGACACGGUAUCUGGGGCCAAUGGGCUCCCCCGGCAGCAGGUGCCUGAGCCAUCCCCGGCAUCCCCACUCCAGCUGGGCAUCUGUGCUGGAUCCCUCAAGGGUGAUGGUGGUGCCUUCUCAGAUGAAGAAGGACCCUCUGAGGAGAGCCAUAGCCCUAAGGGGCUCCAUCAGGCCUCAAGCCUGCCCAUGCUGGUGAAGGAAGCCAGUGGGGCUGGAGACGGGGUCUGGGGGUCUCCAGGGGCCCCCUGGGGCCUCAGCAUGGGUCCCCACCCCCAUAACUGGUCCAGUGCUCGGAGCGUUGGAAGAGCUCAGGUGCAUCCCUCUCCUCGCCCCGACUGCUAUAGGCACUUCCUGGCGCGCCAUAAGACCUCCCUGCUGGCCAGGAGCGCCUCUAUGUCCAACGCCGGCGUUGAGCGUCUGCUCCUGAAGGCCGUUGUGGGCUACAACGGGAACGGGCGGGCCAAUGUGGUCUGGAAGCCAGAUACAGGUUUCUUUGCCUACACGUGCGGCUGCCUGGUGGUGGUGGAGGACCUGCAUUCUGGCGCCCAGCAGCACUGGCUCGGCCACCCCGAGGAGAUCUCCACCCUGGCCCUUAGCCACGACGCUCAGGUCCUGGCCUCUGCCUCGGGCUGCAGCGGCACCACCUCCCGCUGCCACAUCCGCAUCUGGAAUGUGCCGGGGGGCUCCUGCCGGCACCUCAUUUCUUACCACAGUACCGCGGUGCAAGCCCUGGCAUUUUCACCAGAUGAUGAGCUCCUUGUCACACUGGGGGACUACGGGGACCGCGCUCUGGCCCUGUGGAGCAUGGCCACCUAUGAACUCCUGUCCUCCACCCACCUCCCCGCGCCCGUGCACGACGUGGCCUUCAACCCCUGGGAUGCUGGCGAGCUGGUCUGCGUGGGCCAAGGUGCCAUCACCGUGUGGUUCCUGCGGCAGCGUGGGACCAGCACCCACCUCCAGGUGCGGCAAGAGCCCGUCCCUGAGGAGGUGGGGGCGGGUGAGCUGACCUCGCUCUGCUUCGGGGCCGCACCUCUGCUGUACUGCGGCUCCAGCACCGGCCAGGUCUGCGUCUGGGACGCCCGUGCCGGCCGCUGCUUCCUGGCCUGGGACGCGGACGACGGCGAGAUUGGAGUGCUGCUGUGCUCGGGGGCGCGGCUGGUCAGCGGCAGCAACACCAGGCGAGUGCGCCUGUGGGCGGUGGGGGCCGUGCUGGAGCUGAGGUGCAAGGGCUCGCGUGCCAGGUCCAGUUCUGUGUUGAUGGAGCGUGAGCUGACCUUGGACGGGGCCGUUGUGAGCGCGGUCUUCCACGACAGCAUGGACAUGGGCGUGGUGGGCACCACGGCAGGCACGCUCUGGUACAUCAGCUGGGCCGAGGGCACCAGCACCCGCCUCAUCAGUGGCCACAGGAGCAAGGUGAACGAGGUGGUGUUCAGCCCCAGUGCGUCCCACUGGGCCACAUGCAGUGAUGAUGGGAGUGUGAGAGUGUGGUCCCUGGCCAGUAUGGAGCUCCUGAUCCAGUUCCAGGUGCUGAACCAGAGCUGCCUCUGUCUGGCUUGGAGCCCCCCCUCCUGCGGACCCCCAGAGCAGCAGCAGGUGGUGGCUGGCUACAGUGACGGCACACUGCGUGUCUUCAGCAUCGCCCGGAUUGCAAUGCAGCUCAAGAUGCACCCCCACCGGGCUGCGCUGACGGCUGUGGCCUACUCUGCUGAUGGUCAGACCAUCCUCUCCGGAGACAAGGAUGGGCUUGUGGCUGUGAGCCGCCUCCGCACGGGGAUGACCUUCCGUGUACUGAGUGAUCACCGGGAUGCUCUCAUCUCCACCAUCCAGAGCACGAACAAAGAGUAUGGAGACUUCGGAGCACAGGGUGCAGACCUGUGGCUAGCUGCCAGCUCAGACCAGCGCAUCAGCAUCUGGGCUGCCGAUUGGCCUCGGGGCCACUGUGAGCUCGUGGACUGGCUGAGCUCCCCAUCACCCACCCUCACGGAGGUUCCCAGUCAUCCCCUGCCCUGUCUUGUUGCCUUCUGCCCCUGGGAUGGGGCACUGCUGGUGUGUGCGGGCCUCAGCGUGCAUCCAGAGGUGGUCUUCUACAACCUUCACCAGAAGCAGGUGGUGGAGAGGAUCCCACUGCCGUUCUAUGCCGUGUCGCUGAGCCUGUCCCCCGGAGCCCACCUCAUGGCCAUUGGCUUUGCUGGCCCAGCCCGGUGCCAUCUGCCCACAGAGCGUGUGCUGAGGCUGAUGGACUGUGAGUCUGGGGCUGUGCAGGACUUUGCCGGCCAUGACGACGUGGUGCAGCUCUGCAGGUUUGCCCCAUCUGCCCGGCGGCUGCUCUUCUCAGUGGCCUACAGUGACAUCCUGGUGUGGGAAGUCACAGGCCACCGGGCCUCUGGGGGGGCCUUGAGUUCAGGGCCCCCGCUUGGCUGAGAAGAUGGGUCUCACCACACCAGACGGGCCUGGGACUGCCAAUCAUCAAGACCCUGAACUUAAGGAAAGUGCUUGUGGGCUCUUUACCUGCAGGCUUGUUUGGGGUUUCUACCUUGUAAAGUUCAAAUAAACGUGGCUGUUGCAUUCUG